AUGUUGAAUUUGGAAGUAAUAUAUUUUGUUUAGAUGAUAAGAAUAGCAUCAGAAAAUCACUUCCGUAAAAUGAAGCUCUGCCAUAAAUACAAUACAUUACAUUAAAAUAAUUAGAAAAACAACGCAAAGUAAAUUUUAAUGUAAUGUUAUCUUUACCUGUAAAUAUUCAUCUAACUUAAGUAUUUACUAAAAGAUUAAUAACUAGAAGAUAGAAAAGAUACAAUUGCAAUCUUCAGGAAAAGAAAACAAGAGACUAAUACAAUUAAUAAAAAUAAACCAUAACUCUUAAACAAUGGAAGGAUUCAUUUCACAGAGUUUUGGUCAGAAAAAUAUUAAUGUAUCACAUUAAAAGAUUCACAAAUUAACAAAGAUCUCAAUAAAUAUCGAUAGAUUAUAAAAACUAAUAUAAAAGAUUAUUUAUCCCGAUAUGAAAAAUAAGUUAAGGAUCAACUUAAACAAGUUAGAGAGUAAUCAAUUUUGUUAUUGUAGCUAAAAUUAUACAGUACCUGUCAAAGAUUUUGAUUCUGAUGAUGAAACUGUUAAACAUUUUGAUACUAUAAAUUAAAAUCAUUUAACUAGACAUAAUACAGAAGCAGAUAUAUUAGCUCAAUAUAAUAAAAAUCAAGAUCUUUUUAAAAAACCUUAUAUGAGAUACUUGAAUAAAAGUACAAGGAGAGAAGUCAAAAAAGAUUACAUACUUAAACUUGAGGAUAUGAUGAGUAAAUGUGAUGAUUUUAAAUAUAAAAGCUUAACAUCAGAGUAAGGUAACAAUUCUGCAAGUAGAAAAAUAAAUUUUAAAAGACAAAGUCAAAAUUCUUUAAUGAAAAAACUUAUGAAUAAUUAAAGUACAAAUUUAAGCAGAAGUAAUUUUUGA